AUGUUUGAAAAUGAAGACGUUACUGCCAAUAAAGUAAAAUCUCUGAAACCUAAGUCGCUUUUGGGGAUCCGCCAUGUUCAAAUAGUUUUGUUAUUUCUCGCGAUGCUUUUUGCAUUCUCCAUGAGAGUCAACAUGAGUAUGGCUAUUGUCGUUAUGACAGAUGAACGCAAUGAUAACAGUUUUGACUGGAGUAUGCAGACACAGAGCGUAAUUCUAUCAUCGUUCUUUUGGGGUUACGUAAUCCUCCAGAUCCCGGCUGGUGAGAUGGCUGCCAAAUUUGGAGGCAGCAUUCUUAUUACCAUAGUUGUUGCGGCAAAUUCUGCAAUAUCAUUGUUGGUUCCUUUAGCUGCGUAUUAUGGAGGAUGGCAGACUGUUUGCGCUUGCCGCGUAUUCCAAGGGCUAACGCAAGGGUUUCUAUUUCCUACCAUACAUAAUCUUAUAGGAAAAUGGGUUCCACUGGAGGAAAAGAGCCGUCUAGGAACUUUCAUAUAUGCAGGAAGUCAGCUCGGAACUGCUCUCCAGUUAUUAGUAUCGGGUUUUAUAGCUGACUAUUGGGGCUGGCCUGCCAUCUUCUACGUAAACGGAGCUCUAGGAGGAAUCUGGACAAUAGCUUACGUCAUCCUUGGUUCUGAUAGCCCCCAAAAAUCUAGGAUGAUUAGCCAUGAAGAAAAACUGUAUAUCCAAACUUCACUAGGACAAGUGGGAGAACAAAAGAGACUCAAAACUCCUUGGAAGUCGAUAUGGACUUCUCUGCCGUUUUACGCUUUGAUAAUUACGCACUGUGGACACAAUUGGGGCUUUUGGACGCUGAUGACCGAAAUGCCCUCAUAUAUGAAGCAAAUUCUUGAAGUCGAUAUUAAAGCGAAUGGUGCCAUGUCAGCUCUGCCGUACUUAGCAAUGUACCUAUUAGGCUUCCCGUUUGGCUUCAUAUCAGAUUAUGCUAUCAAGAAGAAGUGGGUCAGUAUCAGCGCUUCAAGGAAAAUUUCUAAUACCAUUGGUGAAUGGGGUCCUGCUUUCGCAUUAAUAGGGUUAUCAUACGUGCCUGCGGGUAACGCUACCCUAGUCGUGGGACUACUAACUGUUGUUGUGGGGCUAAAUGCCGGCCAUUAUACUGGAUUUUUGCUCGUACAUAUUGAUAUGGCACCAAACUUUGCUGGUACUAUGAUGGGAAUUACCAACUUCUUUGCAAAUAUUAUUGGUAUCAUAGCACCACUCAUUGCUGGACUUAUAUUACAAGACGAGACGGAUCUCUAUCAGUGGCGUCUAGUGUUCUAUGUAUCAUCAGCAAUAUACAUUGGUGCAAAUCUAUUUUUCAUAAUAUUCGCCACCAGUGAGAGACAGUCAUGGAACGAGCCCAAGGAUAUUGACGGAGGAACCGAGGAAAAGACUGAGAAAGUUGUAUGA